AUGAAGUUGCUCACUUUUCUUCUCUCACUUCUUCUUCUUCUUCUUCUUCUCGCCCACGUCCACGCCAGAAUCGAGAUCUACAAUGACAGUGAGUUUUACGGUGAUUAUUGAAUGUCCCCCAAUCUCGACGUGCUUUCAGAAUUCGGCUGGUGCACCAACGCCGCCUGCGACACCUUGUGCACCGAGCAGAAAUUCAACUUUGGCACGUGCGAAUGGUACCUGCUCGUCCGCUCCAGAUGCUUGUGCGCCAUCAUUGAUUGA